CUUGCUCGAAGCCGCUGUGCACGGCUGGCUAUAUACGUAUGGUAGCAUGUUUCAUCUGCGGUGAUCCAUAUUACUACUUUAGAGUAUACGACUUCUAAGUGGCUAUCCUGUGUCCCACGAGGCGGAGUGUCAUGCGUAUUCCCGAUGCAAAAGUAUAAUCAGUCCCGAAAGAUUGUCUCCGUAAAUCAGUAAGUAGGCAAAUCGAAUACUCUUCGAGGAACCCCUUGUGCGGUUCCUCGAUUGUUGAUAUAGGAUCUGCAUUUAUGUAUAAAACCCUCGGGUUUACCGAGCUAUCGUGGGCCGUACCAAGUCCAUAAACCUCCUCUUCAUCCUCAUAUUACACCCAAGUCAGCAUGUUAGCUAGACUCUCAAGGCCCGAUGAUGGCUUUAAUUUUGGACCGCCCGUCACGUCCACGGGUGACCCGUCUGGUGAAUUCAACCCCAUAAUCAUUCUGUUUAUCAACCACCUCGAGAAAACCAACAACCUACACGCGCUCGACCAAGCUAUCGAGUCCGCUUACCAGAAGGCCCCAAAGUUUAUGGAUACCUUUGAUAUAAUAGGCGUUGAUUCCUUUCUCAGAUUUGCCGAUGACCUACUUGGAUGGAUUCCUCGCGAAGGCAGCGAAGGGCAAGAUGUCUAUAAUACCCUCUGUAUGUUUUAUUUUGCCUUCAACCAGUCACCUCUCGAGGAGCUCCAAAACCCGACCACCCCUGAUGCGAGCGGACGGCCGCUUACCUGGCUCUCGUCUUGGCUCGUCGUGUAUUCCCAACUUGUGGGGCUCUGGAUGGACACCACCGAGUCUCUUACCGAGGAAUCUUUGGAAUCCUUCAAGAGAUCGAAGCAUUACGAUGUUGACGAGGCACUACCUCCUCCUGGAGGCUGGAAGGCGUUCAACGAGUUCUUCUCUCGACAGCUCAAGGCCGACGCGAGGCCCAUCGAGAGCCCCCUCGACGAUAAAGUCAUCGUCUACCCCGCCUACUGUAAGUACGAUUCGUCGGUAGCAGACCACGUGGUUUCUAUUUCAUCCGCGGGGACCGUACUUAUCAAAAACCUCCCGUGGACUAUCGGCUCGCUGCUCCGUGGUAGCGAGUACGCAAACGACUUUAAUGGGGCUGUAUGGAUGCAUGGGUUCUUGAACGCAUAUAAUUAUCAUCGCCAGCACGCGCCAGUAUCGGGAGAGGUUAUAGAAGCCAAGAUCAUUCAGGGUAGCAAUUAUUUUGAAGUGGACGUGGACGGAAACAAGCUUCAAGCUCCAGUCACUCCCGGCUUUCGUCAGUUAUGCGCCCCUUGACCCCUAUUUUCAGUUCGACAACUCGCGUAAACUCCUAUGGCAUAGAACAGAUGCUAACGUCAUCAUUCUAGAAUUUGUACAGACCCGAGGAUUGAUUAUUAUUGAUAACUCUGUCUUGGGAAAGGUUGCAGUGUUACCUAUUGGGAUGGCUCUUGUUUCGGCAGUCAAAUUGCUAGUUCGCAAGAACCAACAGUUGAAGAAAGGAGACGAGAUUUCGACCUUUUUAUUUGGCGGGUCUGAUAUCGUUUGCGUGUUCCAAAAGAAGGCGGGUUUGGCGGCUGAGAACUUCAUGACUUCGGCGCCGGGGAAGUACUCAUACUCUAAAAUGGGCAGUACUUUGGCAAGAGCGCCGUGACCGCUCGCAAGAUCUCAUCAUAUAAUAAGCAAAAAACAUGAAUUUUACAAGCACCAGAUAGAGAGCCAUAUUAUACUGAAGUACGAUUGAAAAAAAAAAAUCGACACCUGUGUGAUUCGAACA